AUGUUUCUGUUGAUGGUAGUUGCCCUGCUGAUUGCCGUGGCAAUCGCGGUGGCACCAGCUGCCCAGGCUUUUCGUAUGAAACUCGCCUCCUACGCUAGUGGUGUGCAGUUUAUGCUGGUCUCAGAUGAUCUGCCAAAGUCGUUUACCGGGAGUAACUACAUGCGAAUGAAUGCACCCGCCACAGAAGGCUCAGUGCGUAUCAUUCGAGUAGUGUUUAUUCGUCAUGGACAAUCUGUUUGGAAUUCCUUAUUUAACUCCUUUGGAACGACUUGGCCUAUACGCGUAGUGAAGGCGAUUGUUUUUGAAGCAAUAUAUCUUUUCAUGAAUCCAUUUGAUUCUGUCAUCAUUGAUUCCCCGCUUAGUUCCAAAGGAAACUUGGAGGCAGAGGAGUUGGCCCGCUUCAUACGGACGGCUAAUGGCAAGAUAUCAUUUGAUGCAAAUACGUCACUUGUGGUCUGUAGCAACUUGCGCCGGGCGAUGGAAACCGCACUCGUGGCUAUGAAACCACGUAUCUCUUCGACACGAGAGAGAAUUUUGGUGGACUCCUCACUGCAAGAGUGUUCCCGCAAUAUUGAUGCACAGACGCUUUCCACGGAGCGUGGUAAACUAGUUCCCUUUAAAAUGGCCAAGAUGGUUUCUCCGGAUGAGAUGGGGACCUACUUUGAUGCGCAUCUGAAUGCCGGGAACAAAACAGCAGCCGUUAAUGUCUAUGGCCGAAUUGACGAGUUUGUUCGCCACCUCUUCGGUGGGUCUCAGGCUGACUCGUACCUUCCAGCCACGUCCUCAGCACCCGGCAACGCGGGGCUGAAGGAGGUCAUCGUGGUGGGGCAUAGCGUUUUUUUCCGCUGCUUUUUCCGUCGUUUUUUGCCUCCGUCGUCUCGCCAUAUUUCAAAGACGAGUAAGCUGCGUAACUGUGGCGUCGUUGCGUUUGAGCUUCUGCGGAAUGAGUCCACAAAUGAAGUAUAUAUUGACGAGUCAACAAUCACUGUGCUGCAUAAAGGGUUUUUAACUGUAUAA